AUGAAAAUCGAAAUAAUAUUCACAUUUUUCAUAUUAUUCAACUCAUGCAAUUAUGCUUUGCUGAGCCCAAGUACAGACGAAUGUACUUACGUUUCUUCUAAUAUGUUUCAAACUCUCAAGCCUUUACCACAAACCAAAAUGCCAGUAACUCGAUGGACCGUCAAUGGUCAAUAUCCAGCUCCGAUAAUUCAAGCAAACUUUGGAGACAGGCUUCUCAUCAACGUCACCAAUAAAUUUGGAGACCCGGCCACUGUACAUUGGCACGGUCUAUUUCAAAAUGGCACAAAUUUUUACGAUGGACCUGUGGGCGUAACACAAUGUCCGAUCCCUAAUGGAGUUUCGUUUCUUUACAAUUUCACUCUUAAUCAAUACGGCACAUAUUGGUAUCACUCCCACAUUACUGGUCAAAUUAUUGACGGUCUCAAAGGUCCUUUA